CCGCAGAGCGGCGACUGGAGGUCAGCAUCCCGGCUCUGGUUUCUCCUCCCGCUCCGGAGGAUGCGGCUCGACCAGGAUGCCGCCGCGCCUGAUAGUGCAGCUUGCGGCCCUCCUCAGCCUGCUCCUCGGCUCUCGCGCGCACGAACUGCCCAGACCUUCAUCUGCAUGGUUUGAAGCAGAAUUUUUCUACCACGUCCUCCACUGGACUCCCAUCCCAAAUCAGUCUGAAAGUACCUACUAUGAAGUGGAGCUCCUGCGGUAUGGAGUAGAACCCAUCUACUGGAACCCCAUCCACAGCUGUAGCCAGACCUUGGUGCUGUCCUGUGAUCUCACCAUGCAGACCCUGGACCUGUAUCAUAGCAGUGGUUACCGAGCCAGAGUCCGGGCAGUGGACGGAGGCCAGCACUCAAACUGGACCUCUCCCAACACCCGCUUCUCUGUGGAUGAAGUGACUCUGACAGUUGCCGGUGUGAAGCUAGAGAUGCACGAUGGCAUCAUCUUUGGGGUGAUCCAGCUCCCCAGGCCCAAGAUGGCCCCUGCAGGCGACACAUAUGAAAGCAUCUUCCACAACUUCCGGGAGUAUGAGAUUGAGGUUCGCAAGGUACCAGGACGAUAUAAGUCGCAUGACAAGAUAAAACAUGAAAACUUUAACCUCCCAGUCCCGAGAGGGGUGGGAGAGUUCUGUGUCAGGGUGAAACCAUCUGUCAGCUCCCGAGUGAACAAGGAGGUCUGGUCCAAGGAGGAGUGCAUCGUGCUCACCCCGCAGUAUUUCACCAUGACCAACCUCAGCAUCUUCUUCACCUUUGUCCUGCUGCUCUGUGGAGCCCUGGCCUUCUUCCUGGCCCUCCAGCUGUAUGUGCAGCGCCGGGGGAAGCUGCCCACCGUCCUGGUCUUCAAGAAGCCCAGUCCCUUCAGCCUCAUCAGCCAGCUUUCCUGCCCAGAGACCCAAGACACCAUUCAUCCCCUCGAUGAGGAGGCCUUCCCCAAGGUGUCCCCAGAAUUGAGGAACUCGGAGCUGCACGGCAGCACGGACAGCGGCUUCAGCAGUGCCAAGCCAUCCCUGCAGACUGAUGAGCCCCAGUUCCACCUCCCUGCCCCCCACCCCCAGGCUGGGGGUCCUUUGGGAAAGGGGGUGACCCGGUUGCUGGAGAACAGCUGCAGUAGCGGCGGCAGCAAAAGUACAGACAGCGGGAUCUGCUUGCAGGAGCCCAGCCUGAGUCCUGGCACGGAGCCCAACUGGGAGCCACAGGUGGGGAGCGACAGCCGGGACCAGGAUGACAGUGGCAUUGGCCUGGUCCAGAACGCUGACAGGCAGCCUGAGGAUGUUCAGGGUGGCUCAGCUUUGGACCAUGUCAGUCCCCUGGGACCGGAGGUGGCUGCGGGAGAAGACCCAGCUGCAGGGGCCUUCCAGGGCUACCUGAAGCAGACCCGGUGCCCAGAGGAGAGGGCAGCCGAGGCAGGCGGCCUGGAAGAAGAGUCCUCCUCAACAGAUGGCCUUGGCCCCAAAUUCAGGACAUGCGUGGAUGCUGAGGUGGACUGGCCUCUACCAGCCCUGGCCAAGGGCUAUUUGAGACAGGACCCCCCAGAAAUAACUCUCACUCCCUCAGGGGCCCCAGCUGGACAGUGGAACCCACCAACUGAGGAUUGGUCACUCCUGGGCUUGACCAGCUGUGGUGACCUGGGAACAUCUGACUGGAGGUUUGCCCAUGAUCUUGCCCCUCUGGACUGUGUGGCAGCCCCAGGCGGUCUCCUGGGCAGCUUUGACUCAGACCUGGUCGCCCUGCCACUGAUCUCCAGCCUGCACUCAAGUGAGUGACUCAGGCCAAAGGGCUGCUUUUGGUUUCCGCUGCACCCUGCCUGGACCCAGAGGGGCCCCAGGGGAUGAAAGUGAAGCACAAGGCCAGUCUGGGCACUUUUCUGCAAGCGUAGUGAGGCCAGCGCCAGCCCUGGUAAGUGUCCAGGGGAGGAGGAAACUAAACUAGCACAGGGUACGUAUGUGGCAUUGGCCUCCUCUGCAGACGGGGCCCUGCAGACUCUGGCGGAGCUGAGAAGGGCAGGGCAGAGAUCUCCACCUCCUUGGGACACUUCCCAUAUUGUAAAGGACUACUUGCUCAGGGGAAUCAUGGGGCUUUUUGGAGUUGUGGUGAGGCCACCAGGCUGAAGUCAGCUCAGAGAGCCAGGCCUCCCUGCUGAGGCCAGCCAUGUGUCAGGGCCUCCAGCAGGAUAGAGGGCUGAGAGGAUGGAGGCUUCAGGGCCUCGCUGCAGGGGCCAUUUCUAGGAGGUAAAGGAGGGAGCAGGGGCCAAAGGGAGCUGAGAUCCAGAAGGGGGCUUCUGGCUCAGAAUCCAGUGCUCUGGGUAUGGCUUGUGUCCAUCUGCAGACCGCACCCUCUUUCAAGCAAAUAGAGCAGCAUCCCCCUGGGGCACUUGGAGUGGCCAAGCCACGGACUACACUCACCCUGCUGCCCACACCAUGUUGCUGACAGUACCAGCGAAACCAUGGGUGUUUGUACUGGUCAAAACUCAGGCCUUCAGGUGGCCUCUAGGCUUGGACGCCACCUUAUCUGCCCAAGAGGGUCAGGGUUAGGACCUGCACUGUGUUUUCUGCUGACAUCCAGCUACAGGACAGGACACUGGGGUAGGGCCUCUGUUCAAUGAUCAGCUGUGCGACCUUGGGCCAGCCACUUCUCAGAGGGCCUCUGUUAUCCCAUCUGUGACGUAAAGAAUCUCUAGGGGACCCUUCUAGAUGGAUGGAUGUUAGCCAAGCUGGCUUCUGGGGUAACAUCUCCAACCCCAACUGACCCUGGGUAGGGAGGAAGCCAUGCCUGCACAGAGCCGGCUUCUUUCCCGUGCCGCAGGCUAACUGAUGUAGCAAGAGUGCAUGGCAUUGUGCUGAGAGAGCAACCAGACCCUGGGCCCAGAGAGGGGGCAGGUGUGGGCCCUGCUUCCCCACAGUCAGCUUAGAAUCUGUCUGCAAAGCCAGUUUACAAUCCGUGGGCAGGGAACCUGGGAGGGGUGAUAGGCCUGGGGUGUGCCCACCCCCCGAGUCAUCCUCGGCCCUGUGUUCUCCGUGGCAUUCUGGGAAUAGACAUCAGGCCCAGGGAAUCCAGCCAGAGCCCCUUCCGCUCUGCCAGGAAGCUCGUAGGCGCCAGUCCGAUAGUAACUCCCUCUAGGAACAGGCUUGAAGGAGGAGUUUCUCAGCGUUUCCUUGGAAGGUUUAUUUAUUUAUUUUGUUCAUUUAUUUAUUGACGAGGCAGCAAGAUACAGGGAAAGAGUUCUGGGUAUUUCGAUAGCCUAGGAGUUCUCAUUCUGAUUUCACUGUUUCUAGCCGUGUGACCUUGGGAAAGCCACUUUUCCUCAUCUGUGAAACCAGAAAACGUUGUCUGACUUGUUUCAUCCAUAAGGGUGUGAGGUUCCACUGAGGACGAGGGUGUGAAUGUGCCUUGAACACAGGCUCUGUGAGUGACAUGUGUUCUUUCUUCCAAUAAAUUGUCAGAACCACAGGAAUCUUGGGAAACCAAUCAGAUUUCUGAUGGCACAGUGGCUGGUAGAGGCGUCAAGUUGUUGAUGAUUGAGAACGAUGAGUAGAUGUGCGAUGUCGCUUUAAGCUACCAAGACUGAGGACUUAGGCUCAAAUCAAGUCCAAGUCCUCAUGUUAACAUUUAUUUUCUGUGACCUUGGGCAAGUUUCUUACUAAGUUCCAGUUUCUUCAUCUAUAAAAUGGGAAUAAUCAUUCUUCAUGGGGAUGUCAGGAGGUUUAAAUGAGAUCACACAUGAAGAGUUACAUUUAAAGCUGUAUAGGGAAAUGGACAGUUUUUCUUGGAAACGGGUGAAAAUGAAAGAGAUCGUGAAAAAUGUAUGUUAAGUAUGUAACGAAAUUGCUGAAAGAGUACCUGAGGAAAGAUAAUGAAUGCAACUAAGGUAAAGAGCAUGUAAUGUAAUGAAAGAUAAUGAAAAUGAGUGUAAAUGAAAGGGUAUGCGGAGGGUUCUUUAAGAAGACUGAAAAGGAACCAGUGGGACAGAAAACACUAUCUUUUGGAUGUGAAUUCUGACAACUUGAAAGGAGACCCGACGGCCCCUCCCUUCCAGGCAGACAGCAGACCAGGCAUUCCUGGAGCCCCGCCAGCUGCUCCCCCCAACCUGGAAGUGUGUCCCAGCAGUGCUUCUCGUAAGUGCAGAAGCCAUCUGCAUUCAAUUCUAAAAGCAGCCUCCCCCUUCCACGAGAAGCCACGUGUGGGUUUGAGGCUCUCCCCGAGCUCAGCCCAGCCGGUGGAGCAGACCCAGGGCUUGGGGCCUGAGUUUUGGAUACACUUCGCUCUUUGUCGCAGCCUGGAUCCUCCAGGAGGUGGUCGGGGACACCACAUCUCUGUUCCCCUGUGUCAUUUCUGACGAUGCCUCUCCCCUUUUACUCUGAGAAAAUAACCAGUUCUGGGGAAGCAUUGAUCCUAUCAUCUUCAGAGAACUUGACUAAUCUCAUACCGUUUGGGACCUGCUCAGACUUUUGCCCCGAAGGCCUCCUUGUCCAAUUGGUGUAUGGGGUUGGUCACUUCCUCCUGGAAAUGAGUGUUGGAGAUGGCGUCUGCCCAAGGGAAAGGCCUCUGGGGCAGGUUGGAUGAAGCCUGGCUGAGACGUGAAUAGGAAGUUUCAGAGAGUAAGAGGAAUCCCUCUCAAGGAACCGAGGCCAGUUUGGAUGGAUGGAGUAGUUCGAAGGAGAGGGUGGAGUCCGAGCACGUGAGCUCUUGCAGCAGCCUUCCCUUAUGUGGAAGGAGUGGGAGUUUGUGCCGAGUCUCCUCCUCUUUUAAGCUGCUUUCUGACCACCCAGCACGGCCAGGGCCAUGGGAGAAACUGAGAGAGUUCUUCCAAACAGCAGUGAGACACUGCCAGGCUUCUUGGGAAUUUGGAAUAAAGUCCCCAAGAGAUGGCCCCGUUUGUUCCUACACUGAGAAACCUCCUUCGAGGGCUUUUCCAAGCUGAGGGAUGGGUGAUUCUGCAUUUCUAUGAGCUAAUGGAACUUCCUCUUAGUAAGGAGAUGGGAAGUGGGCAUUCUACUGAACUCUGUUUUCCCGAGUUUGUAAGUAGCUAUAGUCAAAGAGUCUGCCUCGUCUUUCCCCAAAGAUCUCCAUCCCUCCCCACCCCACUCCCAAUGCACACACGGUCACAGGACACACGCCACCCCUGAGAUGGUCCCACCCACUGCACUGAAUGGCACCCACAGGGCAGUGCAGGUGGAGGGUCGCUGAGCCCCGCCCACGAACGACAAAGAAGGGGGUCUUGCUGUGCCCACCUGGGACAGCACACUGGUAACCAUCUGAAGUAGUUCUAGCAGUUAAGGCCGACUUUAUCAAACCCCAGUCUAGAGGACACUAGAUACUAGAAGGCAUGACAUCUAUUUCCUGUAGUGCUCAUGGGU